UCAUCAACAUCUUUAUUCCAGAAACUCAUUGGCCUUCAAGAUUUGCAUGACUGUGUUGAUAACUUACUCCUGUUGCCUUGCACACAAGACUUAGCCAAAGAACAGCAUCAGAAAUGGUUUAAUGAGCUGUUGGAUGGAUCUCUCAGGCUCUUAGAUGUGUGUGAAUUUGCAAGGGAUGCAUUGUUGCAAACGAAGGAAUGCAUACGUGAAUUUCAAUCAACCCUGUGCAGAAGACAUGGCAGUAAAAUGGAGCUUACAAGGGAGAAUGAAAAAUACUUGGCCUCUAGGAAGGUGGUAAAAAAGGCAGCACAGAAGGCCUUAAAGAGCAUGCAAACUAAGUUGUACUCUAAGAAAAAUGAAGAUCUAGCCAUGGUUAGCAUGUUAAAAGAGCUAGAAGUUGUUACUGUCAUGGUCUUUGAAUCACUCUUGAACUUUAUAGCUGGAACAAAGUUGCAAUCAAAAUCAAGUGGCUGGUUCAUGGUUUCCAAAUUGGUGCACCCAAAAAAAAUAGUAUGUGAGGGUAAAGAAACAGAUGCAAAUGAAUUUGACAAGGUAGAUGUGGCAUUGCAAUCUCUCAUUAGUCACAAGACUAGCAAAUCCGAUUACUCCAUCCACAUUCAGAAAGUGCAGAACUGGAUGGGGAAGUUGGAGUCAAGCAUUGAAGAUGUUGAAGAGGUGCUUGAAGGUUUCUCUAGGCGUCUUGUCAAGACCUGAGUUUCCUUUCUCAACAUCCUCAACCACUAGCCCAGAAAUCAUCAUGGGCAUCAAUUUUGUCUGUAAAUUUGUUCAACAUUAUAGACCUUCA